GUUUUCCGCCAUUUUCCUUCUGGUCAGAAACGCCGUGUCUUUGUUUUCACUUCUCUCUUUUCUUCCAUCAUUCCGACAAAACUACCGCAGCAGCCAUGGCGUAUAAGGGGCAGAAAGUGCAGAAGGUUAUGGUGCAGCCGAUCAAUUUGAUCUUCAGAUAUCUGCAAAACCGCUCCCGUAUCCAGAUCUGGCUGUACGAGCAGACUAACAUGAGAAUCGAGGGACACAUCAUCGGUUUUGAUGAGUACAUGAACCUGGUGCUGGAUGAUGCUGAGGAGAUUCACCUCAAAACCAAGAACAGGAAGCCGCUGGGUCGGAUUCUUCUGAAGGGAGACAACAUCACCUUGAUACAGAGUGUGAACUCUUAGUGUGUAAACCUUCCCUCUAACCAUUGUCAUAGACUAGCCUGUACAUCCUCUAUACUCAGUAUAUAUUGCAAUCUUGUGUUAUGUACUUUGAACAGUAUAUCAUUUCUAGUGUAUGGAGUACUUUUGUGUUAGCUUGGAUGUAUUGAAGAUAUCAAGAAAAAAAUCCUCGGUAAAUUUUAUUUUCUGAAGAAGAAAUUCAGUUGUAGUUCCAUUGUAUUUUCUUUGUGGGUGAACCCAACCUGUUAUAAGAAAUAUACAGGUCAGAUGCUUUCAAGGUUUCUUUAUUCCCAAGUCAAUAGCGAGAUACAAAACUGAUCUGUACUAGACACUAUCAAGGUACUGUAGUUACUGCUAAUACAGGGAGGAAAAGUGAACUGAGGUUUGCCUAUAGCCUCAGCAAUGUGGCAUAAGGACCACAUUGGUGACUCAUUGAUUGUUUGACAAGUUGGGGUAAGCAGGAAGUAUGGUUCGAAAAGCCAGACCAGACUUUUUUGGUCAGUUUCAGUAAGGCCAGAAAGUAUAGUACACGAGACCACUAUUGCUGUAUCAAGAACAAUGUGAAGUUUUUUGUCGCAAUUACUUGUACUUGUAAACUGAACAUUGAUUUGACCUAUUUUGAAAGCACAGACAUUGUGGCCCCAUUGUGACUUACCACAGAAAGGCAUUGUGUUGCAUUGUAAGAAUCGGCAUUACACUAAAGCAAGGUGUCGUUCUAUUGUCCGUACUUCAGUUUCAUAGCAUCAUUCAAGGCCUGCUAACAUAUCUGAUGUCUGUGCUUCUGACUCAGUUUUUUUAUCAAUGGUUUAUUCUGGAAAAGUUUUCACCUUCACUGCUUUGUCUAACUCACCCUCCCCUCCAUGGUCAAUGUUGAGAAGGGAAACCGGAGUUUUUCUACACAAUAAAACACCUAUUUGGUGAAUACUGGUUGUAUUUUUUUAAUCUAGAAGUUGAGCAGUUGAAUACAAUUUAUCAUUUAUUUUACCAGGAAUGUUAAGAACAUACCACCAC